AAACUUAAAAUCUCUUAUAUUAUAAGACGGAGGGAGUAGUUGAUAGCUGAGUUAGUAAUAGUAUUAGGCAGCUUCUCUUGCCAACUCUAGUGAGACUGUGACAUGAAAACUUAGAAUUGCAGAGCAGGUGAAGUCGUGAAGAUGCAGGAGCAGAGUACAUAACAAUGGCGUUAGGAUUACACGUUCAGAGAGUGAGCUAGAGCACAUCGUUGAUUUUUGUUCAGCGAUCAUCGAUGGAUAGACGGCGGAUUCGGCGAGAUGUGGAGAUCGAAUCUGUCGCCGACGACUCUGCCAAUUCUGUCCAGGCUGGUGAUUGACAUCGGCGACAGGACGAUCCAGGUCCCUCUCAAUGGCCACACCGUCGCGCAGAACAUCGGCCGUCAGGCUGCCGCCGCCGUCGCCGGCGAUUCGUCAGCCGGCGGUGUCAGUGAGAAAGCCGGUGGCGGCGGCGAGGAGUGGCUGCAAGAACAGGACGGCUUGUUGAGCAUGCGCGGGUGGCUGAUGGCGGUGGCCACGCUGUUCGCCGCCAUGGCGUUCCAGGCGGCGCUGCAGCCGCCGGGGUGGAUGCCGAGGCCGCGCGACUGGUUCGCGGCGCUGCUCGCCGCCGACCCGGCGGCGGCCGCCGUCACGAGGGACCAGGCCGGGAAGGCGAUGCUGUACCUGAUCGUCAACACCUGCACCUUCGCCACGUCGCUCGCCGUGCUCCUGAUGCUGCUCGCCGUGGGCGACGCCGGCGGCGGCGGCGGCGGAUGCGCGUCGAGGAGGGUCACCGCGAGGCUGAUCGCCAACAUGAUGACGGCCGUGGCGCUGUUCGCCGCGGCGACGUUCGCGCUCUGCGCCGCCGACGACUACCGGCUCAUGGCGUUCGUCGGCACCGUCGUCGCCGUGUACGCCGCCGUCACCGUCGUGUUCGUCAGGUGCAACCUUGCUCUGCCGUUCCGGAGAGGCGGCGGCGGCGGCGGCCAUGGUUGUUGUAGCUGGGUGUCAAGAUUGUAAUAAGAGCAGAUAAUACUGGGCCGGCCAUGCAUUUGAUUCAGCCAUAUUACUAUACACGCGCGGCGCAACGCACAAUAACGGAGUUUAGUACCACAUGGAAAAUUUACAGCGGUGGAGACCUGUAUAAAAGAGGACGUGGUCGUGUUGCUCCCGCCGAGCUUGGUUGUGCGAGCUUGUCACCCCAGCUGUGGGGGGCGGGAGUUGGCAGGAUUGGCCGAUGUUGGGAGGAUCGAGGGUAUAGAUAAGAUAUCUCUCCUCCCUGGUCUCGUUGGGUUGUUGAGGCACAGAUGCUAAUUCUAUUUGUCCGACUUUGGACUUAGGGGGAGGACUAUAGGUGUCAUCAAACCCCAGGCCCAAUUUGCGGCUGGUUGAGAGCCCUGCGUUGUUUAACGUCGGUGGCCUCCUGGUUGCUUUAACGAUAGAAGCCCACGGUCG